AUGAAACAGAUAGUUAAAAGAAGCCAUGCCAUCAGGAUAAUUGCAGCAUUAGGAAUCAUAGGUUUAUGGAUGUUUUUCUCGUCUAAUGAACUAUCCAUCAGUACGCCAGGCCUGAUCAAGGCGGAGUCUGGUACAAAUGAAGCGCAGGAGGCGGCUGCUGUGAAGAACGACGCCAGGUUGAAAGAGAUCGAGAAGCAAACUAUCAUGCCAUUGAUGGGCGACGACAAGGUGAAGAAAGAAGUGGGCAGGGCGUCGUGGAAGUACUUCCACACGCUGCUGGCCCGUUUUCCGGAUGAGCCUACUCCUGAAGAAAGAGAAAAACUGAGCACGUUUAUCGGUCUAUAUGCAGAGCUAUACCCGUGCGGCGAAUGUUCAUAUCACUUUGUAAAGCUAAUUGAGAAGCAUCCAGUACAAACAUCUAGCAGAACGGCUGCGGCAAUGUGGGGAUGCCACAUUCACAACAAAGUGAACGAGUACUUAAAGAAAGAAAUUUAUGAUUGUGCGACGAUCCUGGCGGACUACGACUGUGGAUGCAGUGACAGCGACGGCAAGCGUGUGUCCCUCGAAAAGGAAGCUAAGCAGCUAGGUUAA